ACUCUACUAUUUGGUAAGCAUUCUAGUAUUCUUUUGAUUCAAAUUGUCAUAUGCUGUAUCACAAACUGAGCAAACAAAAACACAAUUUUUUACUAACUUGCACAUCAUACGUUGUAAAAUCUAAUCUUGAAAAUAACAGGAAAGUAAUGACGGUAUGCAGCUAGUAUGGUAAUGACUGUAUGUAGCUAGUAUGGUAAAGCAUACCAAAGACUUGAAUGUAUUCAGUGCAUGUGAAACUACAGCAUGCCAAGUCGUGAUAAGUGAGUACACAUUUUUUCAUAAGCUAGGUGUACCAGAGUACCAUAUUACUGACAUUAUCUAAAAUGCAAUUUUUUGCUACUUUUUGCAUACAACAAUUCACACAUAGAUUUCACACGAUUUACCUUCAAAUGUUGUAUACAAUACUUCAACAAGUUUCUUGUUUAGAUUCAAGUGAAUCAUUUCCAAGUUCCAAAAAUGCAGAAAUCCCAUCAUCCGUUCACCCAACUGUAAUCAAAGUGAAUGGUAAUGGUGGCCAUCACGAUACCAACAACAAUCCUUCACUAAAUGAAGUCAGCUGGGUGUAUGUAGUGAUGGGUGUCGUCAUUCUAGCAUUGGCAAUUGCUCUCACAGUAACAGGCAUCAUGCUGCGAAACCGGAUGCAAGUACCACCACCACCAGUUCCAAAAGACAUCUCACCCACAUCAAAGGAGGAACCACCUCCUGAUCAGUCAAACACAACUCUUUCCUGUCAAGCGAGCACGAAUCCUCCGGAUCAAGCCAGUACUUGUCCUGACAUGACCAAACCUGAAGCAACAGAACCUGAAAUAACGACCAAACCUGAAGCAACAGAACCUGAAAUAACAACCAAACCUGAAGCAACAGAACCUGAAAGAACAGAAACCGAAAAAAACAAAACAUGAAACGGACUGUAAAACCAUAAGUUAAGAGACAAAUAUGAAGUACUAAAGCUGUAUAUAUGGUAAAAAUCUGCGUAUAUGACAACAUCGCCAAGACAUUAUCAUCCAAACUCAUGAGUAUCAACUUUGUAGAGGCUACAUACAAAACAUUAGUUUGACAUCAAUCCACCUUGGGACAAAGGACAAACCAACAAAC